GCACCGAAAAGAGGUGUAGGAACCACUUGCCUUACAUUCUGUUGGCAAAUCAUAUAGUAUUUUCCCGAUUGAUUCACAGCAGCUGAACUGCGCUGCCGUUUACUGAACCCGACAGUUCCUACAUUCUAGUCAUUUUUAAGCGGCUACAAUUCAGCUGAAAAUGCUGUUCUUGCUCAUUGUGGCCACUGCCCUUGUGGGUGCUAACGCAAAUACUACAACCCCGGCUACUAGCACCACAACCAAUGGAGUCGAACCUAGCAUCGCUGCUCUGGACAGUUUGAACGCCAUAGAAUCCGAUCCUUACGACAGCGUUGACAUGAUUGACAACGCCACGACCAUCAGUCACUUCAUGGUGACCCCAACCAGUUCCAACUGCAAGAAUUUAGACUUCAACUGGGCCAUCUCGGAAGUUCAGGGCAAGGUCGAGUUCCACGGAGAAUUCUGCAUGCCCUCAACGGACAGCUGGUCCCUGGCGACCAACGUGAAGCUCAAGAUCCUGGGAUACUCCCUGCUCAACGACAAGUACCACUUCAGCCCCCAGUACUCGGAGGUGAGGAAGAAGAUCAACCUCCUGGCGGCCAAGAUCGACGUGACCCUGGGCGUCUACAACUACUGCAUCCGGAUCGUGGGUAACGCCUGCUACUGGGCCGGCAAGUACCGAUGCGCCGACAUCUACGAGCAGCCGUACUGCUUCAAGAAGAACUUGAUCAAGAAGUCCACCUACACCGGCGCGGUCAACUACAACGAUGUCCUCCAACCGAGCCUUUCCAACUACGCUGCAACAUCAUCCUGGGCGGUCGGCGGUGACGACUGUCCGGCUCGCCUCAAGAAGAUCGCCGCCCUGGCCAAUCUUUAAGCUCGCCUCAGGAGUAACUGAGGAGAACCGAUGGAUUCGUUGCGAAUCCAUUCAAGAGGAAAUUCUGAGUUAACAUCAGCAGAGGCGAUUCGGAAAAGUGCCACCGAAAAAAAAGUGAAGUUGAGUCAACAUUCUGGAUGUAAAAAAAGUGUGCGAGAACUUAAAACAUGCAGAAUUACCCACCACGGCAGUUAGUUUUACAUCUUAGCAUUGCUAAAUUAACUACUGUAGCAGGUAGUUUAGCGUUUUAUAAGUUCUCGCGCACUUUUCUUACAUCAAGAAUGUUAAAUCAACUUCACUCUUUUUCGAUGUAUAGACAAUACCAAGGCCGGUCUGCUGGGGGUACCAGGGUGCUUCAGCACUCCAGAAAUCCUUACGAGUGACUCAAGAGGCCCCUGCAGGACUCCUGGAGGGGCCCUCAAAAUGUUGCAAAGCCCCCUUGAAGGAGGACUGUAGGUUAAAUAGAGCGGGGGGCCCACCCGAGAGGAGGGGCCUCGAAGACGUAUCAGCACCCUAGUGGCGAUUCUUGAAAGUUGGCAACACUGUUUUUCCUCCAUUUAAAUGUAUGUAAAACAAUCGAUUCUUGGUGAUACAGCUUGCAUCACCUGAAAUCGAUAUUUUCAAUGGAUUAAAUAGAGGAAAAACAGUGUUGGCAACUUGUAAAAUCGCAACUGCAGCAAUCCAAGAAUUUUCGAGCCAGGACAAAACUGGACAACACUGUUUUUACAUUUAAAGUCAUUAAAACCUAGAUUCUUAUUGAGGAAUUCUGCCUCAAUUGAAUAAAAAAAUGUUGUCAACUUUCAAGAAUUGCCUCUGAGCACCAAAAGUUUAUAUAAUCUUUUUUUCAAUAAAUGAUUUUCCUCAAA